CAGACGAGUUCUCCGCCUGCCUGCGCGUUUCUCUGCUAACGGCAGGGGGCGUUAUCACAGUAACGCACCCUCGCUUGUCCGGCGUUCUGAGCGAGGGGGCGGCGGACGCGGUUGCUGAGGGGACUGCCACGGAGACGGUGACUGGGCUUAUUUGCUUCAUUCCCUCCUAAUCCACCCCGCGCUAAGAUGGCGGCGGAUCCUCCCCCUGAAGAGUUCGGCGUGGCCGAGGAACGGAGCGGGCAUUGCGCCGUGAUCGAUGGGAAUUGUCUUUAUGUGUGGGGGGGAUACGUGUCUAUUGAAGAAAAUGAAGUUUACUUACCAAAUGAUGAACUUUGGAUCUAUGAAAUUGACAGUGGAUUAUGGUCAAUGCAUCUAAUGAAAGGAGAGUUACCUCCAUCUAUGUCUGGAAGCUGUGGAGCUUGCAUUAAUGGGAAGCUCUAUAUCUUUGGAGGAUUUGAUGACAAAGGAUACAGCAACCAGCUCUAUCAUGUUAAUUUGCGAACAAAAAAUGGAAUUUAUGUAUGGAAGCAAAUCACAGACUUUAAAGGUCAGCCUCCUACACCACGUGACAAGCUUGCUUGCUGGGUAUAUAAAGACAGGUUAAUCUACUUUGGUGGAUAUGGCUGUAGGAAACAAAAUGAGCUAAGUGACUGUUUUGAUGUUCAUGAUGCAUUUUGGGAAGGUCAAAUAUUCUGGGGAUGGCACAAUGAUGUUCAUGUUUUUGAUACAAGUACUCAAACUUGGUAUCAGCCAAAAAUUAAACGUGGAAUUGCACCUCAGCCUCGAGCAGCUCAUUCAUGUGCAGUCAUAGGAAAUAAAGGCUAUGUUUUUGGAGGACGGGUUUUGGUUUGUACUCAGUAUCCACUUAUUUUUUUAUGAGAAGGAUAAUUUAGUGCAGGAAAGGGAAGAAAUAUAUCUUUUUGAAGUAAAAAGAGACAAACUAUUGCUAUUAGGAAUUUUUCCCCCGUCAAUUUUCCUCUGGCUGUAGCUUAAUUUCAAAAUUUAGUCAUAAAAGACUUAAAAGGGCUUAUUGAAGAAUAGAAAAGUAAAAUGUUCACUGUAUUAAAUGAGACUAUUGUCCAUCUAACCAAGGGGUCUUCAAACUUGACAGCUUUAAGACUUGUGGACUUCAACUCCCAGAA